ACCAAAUCACUCUCUCCCUCUCUGAUAAGCCUUAGGUUUCAACCAAGCACCGCCGUUGUUUUAUCGGCGCCGGUCAGUCGCGCAGGAUUUAUCAAGCGGUGCGGUUUGAUUAAGCCGAGAAGAACCGCCCGGUUCGGGACGAUGGCUAUGGCGGUUGCUCCUCUCGAAAUCUGCGUCAAAGCUUCCAUCACUACACCCAACAAGCUCGGAGACUGCCCUUUUUGCCAAAGGGUGUUGUUGACUAUGGAGGAGAAGCAUGUGCCUUAUGACAUGAAAAUGGUGGAUUUGAGUAACAAGCCUGAGUGGUUCUUGAAAAUUAGUGCAGAAGGAAAAGUCCCAGUGGUGAAGUUUGAUGAGAAAUGGGUUCCGGAUUCUGAUGUGAUAACACAGACUUUGGAAGACAAGUACCCUGAGCCUCCUCUAGCAACCCCACCCGAAAAGGCUUCAGUGUAAUUUCUCAGUCCUAUG